AUGGAGGUGCUUGGAAGAGGCCUUGGUAGAGGUGCCUUUGGCAAGCAAGGGGCUGGGCAGGGUUUUGGGCAGGCUGGUGUUAGCAGAGGCAUCGAGGAGGUCCAUGUCAACACCAGCCUGCUGAGGCCAAUACAACUGCAAGUUGACCCCGAGUUCCUGAGUGUGCGGUCGGAUGAGAAAGAGCAGAUUAAGGCUCUCAAUGACAAAUUUGCAUCAUUCAUUGAUAAGGUUCAGUGUCUCGAGCGGCAGAACCAGGCUCUGAUGGCCAAAUGGGAACUUCUGCAACAGCAAAGUGCCCGGCCGGAGGAGGGCAGAAACAUUGCUUCUUUCUUCCAAUCCUACAUCAGCAACUUGCAGAGGCAGCUGGAAACUCUCCAGGACCAGAAGGAGCAGCUGGAUCCGGAAGCAUACAAUAUGCUUCAGCUUGUGGAAGAUUAUAAAAAGAGGUUUGAGGAGGAGAUCAACAACCGGGCUUCGAAAGAAGAGGAGUUUGUGGAGCUUAAAAAGGAACUAGACAGUGCCUACAUGGGAAAAACUGAGUUUGAUAUUCGGGUGGAAAUACUGAAGCAGCAGCUUGAGUUCCUCAGAUGCUUGCAUGAAGCUGAAUUGUCCCAGCUGCAGGCAGUAGUUGGCAACACCAAUGUCGUUCUGUCCAUGGACAACCGUAGAGAACUGAACACUGACGGCAUCAUCGAAGAAGUCAGGCAGGAGUAUGAGACAAUAGCUCAGAGAAGCAAAGCUGAAGUAGAUGCCAUGUAUCAGGGGAGGUACCAGGACCUUCAGAACAUGUGGGUAAAUCAACGUGAGCAACUGAGGAGCAGUUACAAGGAGAUCCAGGAACUUACCAGGCUUAUCCAGAGAUUGCAACCAGAAAUUGAAAUUGCAAGGAAAAAGAAUGCCAGCCUCCAUGAAACCAUUCAAGAUGCUGAGCAGCGUGGGAGCUCUGCUGUCAAAGACGGCCAGAAGAAGCUUCAGGAGUUGGAAAAUGCCCUGCAGCAGGCCAAAGAUGAUCUCGCUCACCUUCUUCAUGAUUACCAGGAGCUCCUGAAUGUGAAGUUGGCCCUGGAUAUUGAAAUUGCCAUGUACAGGUCGCUACUCGAGGAGGAGGAGACCAGUUAUUGCCUGGACCUCUGGGAUGAAUUGCUGCCUAGGAGUGACUUCUUUCACUGGUUCACUGAGAGAGCCUAG